AUGGCAACUACUACUCCUCCAACCAGUUCUACUCAACCAUCAUCAUCAUCCGAUGUUCCAUCUGUGGCUUCUUCUGCUGCUAAGAUACACAAACCAAUUGGUGAUAUAGGCUGGAAAUUUAACCAUUUGAAAGACUUGAAUAAUAAGAGGAGAGUUACAUGUGAUUUUUGUAACGAAACGUCGACCAGAGGAAUUUCAAGGGCUAAACAACAUCAAUUAGUAAUAAAAGGAAAUGUGAAGGCUUGCACUCAAACACCGGAAGACGUUAAGUUGAUUUUGCAGGAGCAUGAAGAUAAGAAAUUGGCUGCAAAGAAAUCUAUGUCAGGUGAAGUCCAUGAAGAUGAUGAAUGA